AUGGUCAUACAGGACAGCACUGAUGCAGGGGAUGGAAGAGUAGGCGUGCGACUGGAGCCCUUCCUGCACCAGGUCGGAGGCCACCUGAGUGUGAUGCAGUAUGACGAACACACCGUGUGCAAGCCCCUCAUCUCCCAGGAGCAGAAGUUCUAUGAGUCCCUGCCACUAGCCAUGAAGCGGUUCACUCCCCAGUACAAAGGCACCAUCACAGUGCACCUCCGGAGAGACAGCAUGGGUCACCUCAGCCUGGUUGCCAACCCACUGAAGGAGAACCAGGGGCCCUUCAAGGUCUCCACUGAGUCGGCAGCAGUAGCAAUAUGGCAGACGCUCCAGCAGACCACCAGUGGCAUCGGCAGUGGCACCCACCCCCUCACCCAGUGGCAGCACGCCCAGCUGGCACACUCGCUCAAGGAGAGCCCAGCCAAGGCACUUCUGAGGUCCGAGUUCCACUUCAAUGCUGAAGUCUCCUCACCAGUGGAAGACACCAGUGGGGACCAGGCCGCGAGAAGGAGCUUCAAUCCGUGGGGCCUGCACUGCCACCAGGCCCACCUGACCCGGCUGUGCUCCGAGCACCCAGAGAACAAGCGGCACCGGUUCUUGUUGCUGGAAAACGUGGUGUCACAGUAUAAGCAUCCCUGCAUCUUGGACCUGAAGAUGGGGACACGACAGCAUGGGGACGACGCGUCAGAGGAGAAAAAGGCCCGCCACAUGAGGAAGUGCGCACAGAGCACUUCCGCCUGCCUGGGCGUACGCAUCUGUGGCAUGCAGGUUUAUCAAACUGAUAAGAAGUACUUUCUCUGCAAAGACAAAUACUAUGGAAGAAAACUCUCAGUCGAGGGGUUCAGACAAGCCCUCCAUCAGUUCCUGCAUGAUGGGACCCGCCUCCGCACAGAGCUCCUGGAUCCCAUUCUGCACCAGCUCCGGGCCCUCCUCUUGGUCAUUAGGAGCCAAAGCUCAUACCGGUUCUACUCCAGCUCUCUCCUUAUCAUCUAUGAUGGGCAGGAGCCCCCAGAAAGAACCCUAGGCGGCCUGCAUCCUCAAGAGGCUCCACAGACGGCCCUCACCAAAGUUGACAUCCGGAUGAUCGACUUUGCUCAUACGACAUACAAAGGCUCCAGGAAUGAGCUCACCACCUAUGAUGGACCAGACCCUGGCUAUAUUUUUGGCCUGGAAAACCUUAUCCAGAUCCUGCAGGAUAUCGAAGCAGGAGAAUGAGACUCACUGGGCCCAUGUGGAUUUUUCUAGGGUACAGAUCUCAAAAGGGACUUACUGGUAGCUAGGGCAGCCUAGACAGCCCUCAGCUUUGUGAUAAUCACAUCUACCUUCGAAAGCCACCUCUAUACAUGUUUAUAUAUAUAAACAGCAGCUAAAGAAACCAGCUCUGGUGGUAAUUCCCCAUACCCUGGCAUCUUGUAGAAUGGACGAUCAGUACCAAGUAGAGCCAUUUUGAAGAACGUUGGACAGGCGCAGCAUGAGUUAGAGGCCAGUAUUACAACGAGGUUCUGGAGUAUUUGCAUCUAAAAACGCUGUCUUGUCAUGCUGCAAUCCUCGCAAGCUGUGAAGCAAAAAACCUUACCUGAAGAAGCCUUGAUGCUCAUGAGUUUUCUGCUCAUAUGGGCUACCUGCUCCGAGAGCAGGUAGAGCUAAUGAAUGCUUCUUACCUCCCUGAGAGGCAUUUUAGGUGGAACAGGAUGAAGUGGGACAAAUCUGCGCACUGCCUCACCUUGCUUUGUCCCCAGGUUCUGAAUGGAUAAGAACAAUCCCAGACCAGAGCCCUGGCAAACCAAGACCCCAGGUACUCCAUUUCUGCCUGUGGAGAAGGGGUCUCCUUACAGACUUCUGAGUGCCUAUUGGAGGUAAUGAUCCUGCCAGAUUCUGACCAUGGAGAGGCUCCCACCAUAAAAACGCAGCUUCCAGUGAGGGUGGAAUGCACGUGAGGAGGAGACACAAGCAUUAAACUACAUUCUUUGCUAUUUAUUUAUCUUGGGGGGUGGGCUGGGAGAGUCAGAGAGAGGAGCCCUGGAAGACCAAAGAAUCCAGGGCAAUGUUUACAAGACUGGUGGACAAGUGUAAAUAUGCAAUGAACAGCAAACAGUUCUAAUUAAUUCCUUCUUCUGCAGUGUGGAAACCUAUUACAAUGGCCUUGAGUCAAGCACUGAAAUAUGUUACCCAAUUAGGGAAAUAAAUUUGUUAAUAAAAUUGCUGAGGUCA